AUGAUGCCCAUGCCCAUGCCAGUCGCUGUCGCUGCCGCCGCGCCGGUCCUGCGUCCGCCAUCCUUUUCGAUUAAGACGUCUCCAAAGGCCAACAUGGCGGCACUCGGAGUCGUGACCGGUGACCCUCUGACGGUUCGUCGCUCGCGCCCACCACAACCGAAACAGCAAAGCCGUGCGUCCACGGAUCCACGAGCCAGCUUCGCGCCUCCAAUGGACCAGUCUCAAUACAAGUCCAACUCGGUGCCUGCACCCUUCCCUACGUCGCGCCAUCAACCUACCAACUCGGCAUCCAACCUACCCGCCAUAGCUGGUUUGGCAGACGCCGGGCCCUAUCCCACUACCCAGCUUCAGAUGCGGCAAUCCGGCGGAGGACUUGGCCUCCCUGCGUUGCCGGCUUUGCCGGGCGCUGGCCCAAGCGGCGGUCUCCAGAUACCCCAGGGCAUGAAGCCGGGCGAGGAGAUCUGUCUCGAGUGCAUGAUGCGCGACCGUGACCUCGCUGACGUCGAUGUGGUUGGUCACGGUGUCUGGGAGCGCGCCAGUGAUGUUGCGCUGGAAGAGCUCAAGUCGCGCGAGUACGACGUCUUGCGCAGCAUGUCCAUCGACCAUUCGGUGUCCCUGUCAGCCAUGUCGGUUGACGAAUCGAUAUCGAGCAGCACUCAUGGCGAGACACUCUCGAGCCCCCGUUCUCACACUUCGGGUGGGGCUUCUGACGACGCCGCACGCAAGAAGAAUCAGGCAAGAGACGCGCGUCGUCAACGGCGCGAGGACCGUGACAUUCAGGUGGCGCGCAUCGGUUGGCGUGGCUUCAAGUGGGAGGAAGGUUCUGGCGGUGACGGAUUCCCUGCCGGAUUCCGUGGCACGCGCCCUGGUCCCUUGACGGAGAAAGGCAUCAAGAACGUCAUGACCAUGUUUCCCUCGUCGUCUGCCCUCCGUGCACAGAUCCUCCAGAGCUAUCUCCGCGGACAGUACCGUCUCAUCGUCGAACUCAGACAAGAGGCGCAUAGGCUCGGCCAGUACCCGGAGCCAGAGGAGCUUACCUAUCCCCCAUCGCCCACUCUCGACAGCCAUGAUUCGGUUCUCAGUGGCAGCAUGGUUGCCCAGCGCACCGCGCGCGUCAGCAUGGAGCGUGGCGCGCCGUCCAUCAAGACACCCUCGAUCAGCACGGCCCGGUCUGCGCCAGUCACGAUGCAACAGCCGGUGCCCAGACUAAGAGAGAGCCCGUCGACACCCGCUGGUCUCAACUCUGGCAUCAAGGCGCGACCUAGAACGCAUUACGAUCGCGAGCCGACAUCUGCCGCGUCGCGCCUAUCGACUGCGACCAACAUCCGUCCUGCUCCAGCUCUUGGCCUCGGAACGUCGCCGUCGAACCGCACCUCGCACCUGAAGGCUCCGAGCGGUUCAACUGGUCCCAAGGGCCGCGAGUCCAAGUUCUAUGCCGGGGACGACUGGUCGGACACGGAGGACCUGUGGCCUGGGUACGAUGAGCUUGGCUCCCCCGCUUCCACCAAUCUCCGCCCAUUCUCGUUCGCGGUGCGCGCUGGCCAACAGCGGGAGCGGGAAGGAAGCAUUGGCAGCCACCACAGACGCUCUUUCUUUGGCAAAUUUGGCGACUCUGUUACGUCCUUCUUCACUGGCAGCCAUGGUGGCAGCGGAAGUAUGAUUGACAUGCACCUCGGCAUCGACAUGGACCGCCGUAACCGCACCUCGUCGUACCAGGUGCACGAGAGCCCGCGUGUCAGCGCGUUCAUUCCCAGCCGGCCAAGCUACUCGGGCAGACGCUCAUUCCUUGGGCAGCCCUACGACGACCCGUUAGCGCCACCUGCGGUCCUCCAGGAGCGUCCACGGGCAAUGUCGGUCACGGCAACGCACCAACCCACCGCACGCCUUACGCAGGUGUCCACGUACGCGAGCGAGAAUGUCGACGACGAGGUCUCCCCCAAGAAGAAGGGCGGCAUCAAGGGCCUCAUCCAGAAGAUGAAGAAGGGCAGCAACAAGAAGGACCGUAGACAGUCUCUCUCUGCAGCUGCCGCAGCCGACGAGAACUCGACGUCGGACCUUGUGCCACCUCCCCCAAUGAACUUCCUCGUCAACCGCGGCGAGCGCAACCACGACCGCAAACGUUCCAGCUCGUCCAUCUCGAUGGUCAACGACAGCCAGGGCUCCUUGGCUCCAGGAAGCCAAGGCCAACGCUCGGUGUCUGCACCAUUAGGCUCGUCUGCCAGUGACAUCAGCCCUACGAGCUCGCGGUUCCAGCCAGACAAACCCACUGAUCUGCCGCGCCGUAGCACUGCGCCCGCCGUCGAGUUGCCACCUGGGGCUGCAGAGGCGGGGUACAAUGCACGCAGAGGUUCGCUCAUGGGUUCGACUAUGGAGAUGCUCACUGGGUCGUCCCACAAUGGCGUCGCGCCGCCGAUCGUCACGCCCGAUCUUCCCGUGGUCUUUGACGAGCCCCAGCCUCUGCGCGAGACGAUGGUUCCCAAUACGAACGGGCCAUCUCAUCAUCCUGCGUACGCCGGUAAGGGCAACAUGCAGCCCUCGCUGUCUUCGCGUUACGCGGGCUCGACCACCACGAUGCCUGCAAUUGAGACUCCCGAGUCGGGCAACACCGUGAACUCGUACUUGUCGCCCGCGUCACAACUCAACACGUCGCCAAACCGGCACAAGAACCUGCCGCCUUUGCCUCCCGGGAUGAUUCCCAACCACGGCUCUCCCAACAUGGGCUCUCCUGAGAUGUACAGCGAUGCCGACGCGCUCUCAAUGCGUGGCAGCAUGUACGACAACAAGCGCUUGUCGUCGAUGCCGUACCCUCGCGCUUCGCUGUCUGCCGAGCCACCCACCAACUACCGCACCGGGGUCCCUCCUUCCACCGAUUAUUUCCCCACUGCCUCGCCACGCUAUCACCAACCUGCGCACGGGAACCAGUCGCCCGGUCCGAUGGUGUCCGAGUCACCAAACUCGACGGGUUCGCGCUCGUCGACCUCGACUCCGUUCCAGCAGUGGAAUGGCGGGUUUGUCCCACAGCAGCGUGUUAUCCAGCCCCGCGCAAGCUUUGACGUGCUCGCCGACAACCGCUCGGCGCGUGUGAGACGCUCGACAGCGGUCCCCGGCAUGGGCAUUCCGAUGGACUCUGGCCGCAACGCGCAGAGCAUGUACAUCCAGCAGUCGGCUGCAGCGUCGACCGGAUCGUUCGGUCGCUUCCUCAAGGGCGACCCGCGCGUCCCUGGCGGUCCUCCGCCGCCGCACGUCGCCAACAUGGUCGCGUCCUCUGUCGCGCCCACCGAGGACAGAAAGGAGAGGCGCCGCGGCAUCAAGAGCAUUUUUGGCAAGAAAUAG